AUGCGCACAGAACUGGAAGGGGAAGACCGGUCUGCCGACAGAAAAAAGGAGCCGCCUGUCGCACAGAACACUCAUAAUACCCCAUCUAUGGCGUCAGAGCUAUCGGGCGCUAAACAAGAGCCCGAGAUUCUUUCAGCAGACGCUGGAGAAAAACUGGCCAAUGCUAUCGCCAACGCUACUGAAGAACAUCCGGAAAAGUGGAUUAAAGGCGUUCCCCUGCUCAUGGUAACCUCGGGGAUUACUCUGGUCAUAUUCCUGAUGUUACUGGACAUGUCAAUCCUGUCUACAGCCGUACCGCAGAUUACGAAUCAAUUCCACUCUCUCGAGGACAUAGCCUGGUACGGCAGUGCUUACACGUUGGCGAGCUCGGCCCUUCAACCUCUUACAGGGAAGUUUUACACCUAUUUCACCUCCAAGUGGGUAUUUCUGGGCUUCUUCGCAGUCUUCGAGCUAGGCUCCUUGAUAUGCGGCGUCGCUACCUCGUCGAAAAUGCUCAUUGUCGGCCGGGCUAUUGCCGGAAUGGGAUCUUCGGGAAUGUCCAACGGCGCUCUGACGAUUGUUGCUGGGGCUGUCCCGAUGCAUAGAAGGCCAUUUAUUGUUGGCAUCAUGAUGGGACUGUCACAGAUUGGACUGAUUUUAGGCCCUCUGGUCGGUGGUGCGUUGACCACGUAUACGACAUGGCGCUGGUGCUUCUACAUCAAUUUACCCAUUGGAGCUCUAGUUGCUGCCCUCUUGGUCUUCACCCGCAUUCCCGAGCAACGAGAAAAGGGUCGAGCGAUUGAAGUUCUGCCGACCUUUUUCAAGACGUUCGAUAUCCUGGGGUUUGUGCUAUUUGCUCCCGCUGCAAUCCAACUCCUGCUGGCCCUUCAGUACGGAGGUAGUCAAUAUGCAUGGGACAGCGCCACAGUCAUCGGCCUGUUCUGCGGUGCAGGCGCAAUGUUCAUCAUCUUUUUGGGAUGGGAGCACCAUAUGGGGAAGGAUGCCAUGAUUCCAUUACACAUGGUUCGCAACCGGAUUUUCUCCUGCAGCUGUGUGGCUAUCAUGGCUUUGUUCGGAAUGACAAUCACUGUGUCGUACUAUCUGCCGAUAUACUUUCAGGCAGUGAGAGACAAGACGGCGCUGGUUAGCGGUGUUGAUUUGUUGCCGAGUGUGCUGUGCCAGAUUGUCAUGGCUGUGGUCUCGGGGGCUCUCAUUGGAAGAAUAGGCUACUAUCUACCAUUUGCGGUUCUCGCCGGAAUACUCAACGCUGUCGGGUGUGGUCUUCUGUCGACCUUAUCACCCACCACUCCUACACGCGAAUGGGCUGGCUAUCAAGCUCUGACAGGAUUUGGUCGAGGAGCAGGAAUGCAGACCCCCAUGAUAGCCGUUCAGAACUCCGUCCUGCCUGAUGAGAUGUCAACUGCCAUGGCCAUCCUAACCUUCAGCCAGACCAUUGGCGCUGCCAUCUUCCUGGCGGUCGCAGAAGUCCUCUUCUCUCACGGUUUGAGAAGUACCAUUCCGCAGUACGCCCCUAACGUUGACACCGAGACGGUGAUUGCAGCUGGUGCGACUGGUUUCCGAAGCAUUGUGUCUGAGGAGAGCCUCCCCGGAGUUCUGCUCGCUUAUUCAAAGAGCAUUGGGCAUAUUUUCUACCUGGUUGCUGCGCUGAGUGUGCUGCAGUUCUUCUUUGCAUGGGGAAUGGGCUGGAAGAACGUUGGCAAGCCUAAAGAGAACAAGCUGAAAAGGGAAGAGGAAGGGAAGAUGAAUGAUUGA